AUGUUUCUCAACUCUUCUUCUAGUAACUCGGAUCUAUCCGAAUGGAUUCAGCUUAACAGUCAUACAUGUGCAGAGAGUGUCAUGAUGUUCUCAGAAGAUUCAGCAGUUCAAGACAAUUGUGAAGAAUUAAAGCAAAACUUGACUAGCGCACCCAUGGAGGAGUGGGAUCAUAAAAACACCAUGUUCUUCUUGAAACAGUAUUGUAGAGAAGCAUACAAUCAUACGGUGGUUGAAAUUUUUGAAACUCAACAAAUGAAUGGUUAUCUUUUAAAGAAUAUCACUGUGGAUGGUUUGGAACGACUUGGAAUUUCGCACGACGUUGCAGUUACCAUUUUCGAUCGAGUGCACGAUUUUCAAGAUGAGAAAAUAACAGUGCUUUCAAAAAUCAAGAAUCCAUCUAUCGAUGAUCAUUGA